AUGUCACAGCAGCACCUGAUUGGUGGAUCACGGAAAGCGCGCUGGAGAGGGCGGAGCUCAUUGGGCCGACUCCUCGCGCUUGGUAAGUGCGGUCGCCUAGGUCUGCAUAGCAGGGACUUUGGCCGCGACUCGGGGCGGCCUGUUGCCAGAGCGAGCGCGGAGGCCCCCAGGCAGCGCGCUGAGCCCGAAGCAGGUCCCCGGAGUGCCAGGGACACAAACCCCAGUUCCUUCAGGAAGCCUUCCAGAUCGACGAGGAGAGAAGCUGGGAAGUCCAGGAUCAAGGUGAUGGCAGAUUGGUGUCCGUCCGGCCUUCUCCUCUUCAGAUGGACUACAGGAGGCCACGAGGCCCCGGUGGCAGCCGAUCAACUCUGAGCACAGCCACUGCAUAGAGGGUUCAGUGAAGUGAGUGGGGCUAUUACUCCCCACCAAGCUGUUCCACUGCCUUACCUCCUGUGUUUUUAAACUCCAGUUUUUAUCUUUCCCUGUUGGCACCAAACUUAUCUUCAUAAAAUAUAAAUCAAAUCACA